UGAUUUGUUGCCUCCUAAGAAGAUUAAUGAAGAGGAUGAAUUGGCAAGGCUUAAACUGCAAAUCCUUCUCGCAAAUUUUACCCUAGAACAACUUGAACUUAUGAAACGAUGAGACGUGCCAGUUUUCCAAAAUCGGCGAUUCGACGGUUGAUUAGCCAAUUUGCUGGUGUUUCUGUUGGUCAAAAUGUGGUUAUUGCGAUUGCUGGUAUGGCGAAAGUGUUCACUGGAGAGUUGAUUGAAGAAGCACUAGACAUCCAAAAAGCUGAGCGUGAAACCAACAAUGAAGCUUCAACAUCCUCUGAGCCUUUAACACCUCGACAUUUGCAAUUAGCCCUAGACAAGCAAGGGAAGUUGUUUCCGGCAAGACCAAGAAGAUGUACAUUUUUAAAAAGAAGAUUCUUUUGA